AUGGAAGGAUUCGACUCGAAGAAAGCGUGGCGCAGCUCAAUGACCAAGUCCAUUCCCUCCUCGUUUGGCGGGUCAAGUUCACCACGCACGCCACUCAAACCAACGGGAUAUGCUGCCCGAAUGGCAGCAGCAGCGAAUGACGAUUACGUGCCGUUCCGCCGUACCCACGUCAUUGAGGACGACGAUGCCGAGAAGCGCAACUGGCGAAUCGUCGGUUUCGGUAAAAACAACGUCACGCCCCUCAACCCCGAAGCCGAGCAAGCUUUCGAGAGCAUCCGACCGCAGCUCAUGUCCGUCAUACGCAAUAUCCCAUUGGCCUCCGUCAAAAAUAGAGGGCCUUCCGCGAGAAGUCCUACGGCAACUGUGGAAGGGUACCGGGUCACAGACAAGAAGAAAUCCAACCCAGACAGACACGGUGUGAAUGCUGUGGUGCUCACGAGCAGCUCGCGCCCCUUUGCAAAAGAGGUCAAGAAGCAGAUAUUGCGAACUUGUAUUUUGGAGUCUGGCAGAACAAAGUUCACGCUGGUUGUGCAGGAUGAGCCACCCGAGUGGGAUUGGCGUGCAGACGGAGCGGUGGUGGAUGCCCGGGAGCAGCCUCGACUCCUAGGAGCCAAUCCUCCCGAUCAUUCCAAAGGCCCCUCGGCAUUCCCCAUACUACGGCGCUGGAUACGGUUAGGACGUAGCGCCAUUAGAUCCUGUCUGGUUUGUUGUUGCUCGUCUAUCAUGCGAACUUUCCGGAUAGCUUCAACCCAGCCAAGGCUUAACAAGCAAAAGGAGAAGGACCUGGAAGAGAUGAAGGUCAAAGCGUAG